AUAGAGGGGAGUUGAGUGUACCCCUUCAGAAGAUGGUAGACCUUGCACCCUUCGCCCAGGUGGUUGUGUACACAGUCAUGCCCAGCGGAGAGGCUGUGGCAGACAGCCAGGACUUCCCCAUAAGGCUCUGCCUGAAGAACAAGGUUUCUCUGAGCUUCUCGUUGCCUCAGGAGCUCCCUGGGGAGAAGACGUCCCUGAGCCUGCAGGCUGCGCCUGGCUCUCUCUGCUCCAUCAGGGCCAUCGACCAGUCUGUCCUGCUGCUGAAGCCUAAAAAGGAGCUCAGUGUUAAAUCUGUGUACAAGCUGUUACCAGUCGAUAAGCUGACUGGCUACCACUACUCCAUAGACGACCAUGAACCAUACCCCUGUCUGCAAAUGAUAGAAUUGUCUUUAGUGCCCCAAGUAGAAGUAGAUGAAGAACCAGCUGAUGACCCACCCAGACGCAAGAAACGUUCCUUCUAUGAACGUAAUGAGGAGAUGAACGAUGUCUACAGCAUAUUUAAAGGUGUGGGAAUUAAAAUCCUCACCAACUCUGAUGUGAAAAUACCUUUUGACUGUCAUGCUUUUUUGAAAAAAAAUGAUAUGCUAUAUGAUUCCAUGGAUGAGUCUGGUAAGUAA